AACGUGUGGCUGAGUGCGAGGGGCCGGAAGGGUGUGGCCGCCAGUCCGGUCCCGCCCCGCCCCGGGGCCGCCUCCCCACAGGUUCCGUUGGCUGCGGCGGCAGCUGAGAGUGUGGCGGCGGUGGCCGCGGGGCGGUCGUAAGAUGGCGACAGAGGUGGCGGGAGCCCUGGGCCUGCUGUGGGGCUGGCUGUGGAGCGAACGCUUCUGGCUGCCUCAGAACGUGAGCUGGGCCGACCUCGAGGGCCCGGGCGACGGCUACGGCUACCCGCGGGCCCGGCACACCCUCUCGGUGUUCCCGCUGGCGGCGGGCGUGUUCUCCGUGAGGCUGCUCUUCGAGCGGUUUAUUGCCAAACCCUGUGCACUCCAUAUUGGCAUUCAGGACAGUGGUUCGUAUCAGGCCCCACACAAUGCGAUCCUUGAAAAGGUGUUUGUGUCUAUUACCAAGUAUCCUGAUGAAAGAAGGCUGGAGGGACUGUCAAAGCAACUUGACUGGGAUGUCCGGAAAAUCCAAUCCUGGUUUCGACAUCGGAGGAAUCAAGACAAACCCCCAACGCUCACUAAAUUCUGUGAAAGCAUGUGGAGAUUCACUUUCUAUUUAUGUAUAUUCUGCUAUGGAAUUAGAUUUCUCUGGUCGUCGCCUUGGUUCUGGGACACUCGACAGUGCUGGCAUAGCUAUCCAUACCAGCCUCUUACAAGUGGCCUUUAUUACUAUUAUAUCAUGGAGUUGGCUUUCUACUGGUCUCUUAUGUUUUCUCAGUUCACAGACAUUAAAAGAAAGGAUUUCCUGAUAAUGUUUGUGCAUCACUUGGCCACCAUUGGUCUGAUCACGUUCUCCUAUACCAACAACAUGGUUCGGGUGGGAACACUCAUCAUGUGUCUGCACGAUGUCUCAGACUUCUUGCUGGAGGCAGCCAAGCUGGCCAAUUAUGCCAAGUACCAGCGUCUUUGUGACGUCCUUUUUGUUAUCUUCAGUGCUGUUUUUAUCGUCACUCGUCUAGGAAUCUACCCAUUCUGGAUCCUAAACACGACCCUCUUUGAGAGUUGGGAGAUGAUCGGGCCCUAUCCCUCCUGGUGGCUCUUCAAUGGCCUUCUCCUGGUCCUACAGAUUCUGCAUGUCAUCUGGUCCUACCUAAUUGUCCGGAUUGCUUUCAAAGCCUUGAUCCGGGGAAAGGUAACCUGUCCAAGAAGGAUUAGACCCAGGCUCUGUACUCUCCACUCUUUUCUCACCUCCUUCCUUUUUUCUAUGCCUGGCGGGAGCUGGACAGUUUCAUCUCUUGCAUGUAUCCAAGGAUGACCGAAGUGACGUAGAAAGCAGUUCAGAGGAAGAUGAUGUCACCAGCAGCACUAAACGCCCCUGCGGUAGUAGCUCCAGCAAUGGUGCCAAUCGGGCAAAUGGGCACAUGGGAGGCAGCUAUGGGGCUGAAGAGUAAAGUGACUGAUGUGGGACUUGAGCGCACGUGAACCUGUAGGGUCCCAGGCAGCCUGCUCCUCUGGGGGCUCCCCACCUUCUACAUCCCGACUAGGGGACCCACCGGCAAGGCACAGAGGAAAAUCAAAAGCAGCAAAUAUUUUCACUUAAAAAACAAGAGAAAAACUCUGCCAUUUUGUAUUUAAUAGUCUUCAGGUUACUUCAGUAAUGUCAUUUGGUGUGUGUUUGUGUGUGCGUGCGUGCUCGUGUGCGCAUGUGCGUUUGUGCACAUGCAUGAUUUCCAUUGUCUGGCCUGGGGCUCAGUUCUGGGCUAUGCCUGGUCCAUCUUGAACUCACCUCCGUCCCGACUUGGCUGCAUCAUGAUUUAUCCUGGCUCGGACUCUUCCUGCCCAUGGCUCUUGGGGCUCUGGCCAUCUGAAUGGGACAGUCCCAGCUUCCUACACUAUUCCUCCUUCAGAGCUGGAAUAUUUCAUGUGAAGUCGUACAGAAACAGCCAUGGAUGGAUGGCCAGCAUUGCUGUGCUCCUAGCUACAUCCCCUUCCUACCACCUGGAAGUGACAUGGACAGCUGCUGGCACCCUGCUCUUCACUCAAUGGUACGCAGGGAUGGGGUAAGGGAGGGGUAGCUGGGGGCUAAAAGAAAGACAACAGCCACUGGAUGAGCUGUUAACGGUUUCUAUUAUUGUUUACUCUUCUGUGAUUAAAGUGCUUCAACCCUCUA